AAAAUAAAUCCGCAAUUCUAAUAAUUUACAUUAUUUCCAAAAUGUUCAAACUAGUAACUUUGUUCUUUGCUGUUGCUGUAGCAGCACAUUGCGUAUCAGCAGGAGAGGUAACAGGGGAGCUAGCAAAAUUAGGCAAAGUUUUACAUGUCGCAUGUAGCAGUAAAUUCGGUGUUUCUGAAGAAGAAAUUGACAAGCUGAAAAAAGCAGAAUUCGACGAUCAUUCAGAUAAACAAAUGAACUACCUGACCUGCCUUUACGACAGUAGUGGCGCUAUUAAUGCAGAUGAUACUUUGAAUACAGCCGUAAUUGAAAAGUUAGCUCCAGAUGCAAUAAAAUCGACGGCACCAGGAGUCUACAAAAACUGCUGGGAAAAACAGACGGAAACCAAUAAAGUUCAGAAAAGGUGGAACUUCCAAAAAUGUCUCUAUAAUGCGGGUUCUCAGUAUCACAUUAUCUUGUAAGAUACCUGGAAUCCCUACCACGGAAUUAUUUACACUGACCAUGCUCAUACAGUUUUUGUUAAGAUAUUAUUUUUGUUAAUAAAAUUGAAAAUAUUAUA